GUUGUGGACAGAUGAUUGGCAUCUCUUUGCAGAUCCUCUGAAGAACAGCAAAGGAUUCCUUAGACAGUGCCAUAAAAAUUACAACACAACAAGUAAAGAUUUUCUCGGAUACAAGAAAACCAAAGUUCAACAUAUGCAAAAUUUCACCAUGUAAAUAGUAUACAUUCAUCUGGUUCAUCCAAGUUUGUGGCAGUUGAGGAAAUUAAAAACGCCUAUUAGUUCUUCAAGUGAUGGAAUUACUGUCUAUUUUUCUCAUACUUUCAGGCUUUUGUAUAGGUUUCAUCACUGCUUUAGAAUCCAUUACAUCAUCUGUUUUCAUCAGAGAUUCAGAAACUGUAAGUUCAAACAACAGCGCAUUCAAACUUGGAUUCUUCAGCCCCCAAAAUACCACAGAUCAUCGCUAUGUAGGAAUUUGGAAUAUCUCCAACUCCGAAGUCAUAUGGGUGGCUAAUAGAAACCAACCAUUACAGGAUUCUUCUGGGAUCCUUACUAUAUCUGAGGACAACAAUCUUGUAGUAUUGAAUGGAAAGAAAGAGGUUUUUUGGACAUCAAAUGUAUCAAGCAAACAAUCAAGUCCCACUGCUCAACUUCUUGAUUCUGGUAACCUUGUGCUUUUAGACCACACUGGCAAGACUUUAUGGGAGAGUUUUCAACAUCCAAGAGACACGGAAUUUCCAACUUUGGCAAUGAUCAGUACCAACCAGAAAAAGGUUCAUCAAGAAAAAGCCCUCCUACAAGAAAACUGGCUUUCACGACCAGAAUAAACAAAGUUGGGAAGCAGCGAAGGGUUCAAGAAUCUAAUUGUGAUACAUAUAACUAUUGUGGGACAUAUGGGAUCUGUGACUCCAAUAAUGCCCCAAUAUGCACUUGCCUGAAAGGGUUUGAGCCUAAGAAUAUAGAAGAAUGGAAUAGCCAAAACUGGACUAGUGGAUGUGUGAGAAGGGCAUCACUGCAAUGUGGGACUGGUAAAGGCAAAGAUGACUGGUUUCUUGAGCUGCAAAUGACAAACACUCCGUCAUAUUCAACUCCAUCAUUUUUUCCUAAGGACACAUGCAGAACUCAGUGCAUAAAUAAUUGCAGUUGUAUAGCAUUUGCAUAUGUUGCUUCUCUUUCCUGCAUUUACUGGACUGGAAAUUUAACAGGUGUAGUAAGAUUGUCCAGUGGAGGAACUAAUCUCUACAUCCGCCAAGCCCAUUCAGAACUCGGUAGGAAUAAGAAAGACUUCAAAGUAGUUAUCUCGGUAACAGUGAUAGUAGGAGUGAUCAUCAUUGCCAUCUGUGCAUAUAUCUUAAAGGCAUGGACUGCUAAACACACUGCAAGAAAAAAGCAAAGCAAAGCAAAAUUAUUGCUGAACAAGGAAGAAAACCUACUACUUGGAGACCUGAAAAUAGCUAAACUUGAGAAGCUACCACUGUUUGAUCCAAGAAUCAUUGCAACUGCAACAAACGACUUCAGCAUCGCUAAUAAGCUUGGGCAGGGUGGUUUUGGUUUAGUAUACAAGGGAGAAUUGCAAGAUGGACAAGAAAUAGCAGUGAAAAGACUUUCAAGAACAUCUAAACAAGGACUGGAAGAGUUCAUCAAUGAAGUGGUUGUGAUUUCGAACCUUCAACAUCGUAAUCUUGUAAAACUUUUAGGCUUCUGUAUCGAAGGAGAGGAGAAAAUGUUGAUAUAUGAGCACAUGCCUAAUAAGAGUUUGGAUGCUUUCAUAUAUGAUCCUAUCAGAAAGAAGGUUUUAGAUUGGAAAAACCGCUUGAACAUAAUUAAAGGAAUUGCCUGUGGCUUACUUUAUCUUCAUAGAGAUUCUAGACUAAAAAUUAUACAUCGAGACUUAAAGCCAAGUAACAUCUUACUAGAUGAUCAGCUUAAUCCUGAGAUAUCAGACUUUGGUCUAGCAAGAAUCUUUGAAAGCAAUGAAGAUGAAAGCAAUACUCAAAGAGUUGUUGGAACAUAUGGUUACAUGCCAACUGAAUACGCAAUGGAAGGACUAUUUUCAAAAAAAUCAGACGUGUUUAGCUUCGGAGUUUUACUAUUUGAGAUCAUCAGUGGUAGGAAAAAUAUAAGCCUUUGUGAUCAUGAACAUUCAUUGAACCUCUUGGAACUUGCAUGGAAAUUAUGGAACGAAGAUGGUAUCAAGUCUCUCAUAGAUGUGGAAAUAUGUGAUCCAGUUUACAUCAGGGACAUUGUGAGAUGCAUACACAUUGGAUUUUUAUGUGUUCAAGAUCAUGCAAUAGCCAGGCCUUCUAUGGCCACUGUAAAUUCAAUGCUCAAUAAUCACAUUGCUAAUCUUCCUCCGUCAUGUCAGCCUGCAUUCAUACAGAGGAAGUUUGUGCCAAGUGUGAAGUUGUCUCAUAAAAGUAAUAGGUCAUACUCCGUUAAUAGCAUCACUUUCACAAACAUUCAAGGGAGAUCGUGAAUGAUGACAACAAUAAUGGUUAUAAAGACUAUGGAUGUGUUAUGAGUCAUAUAUCAAGGUGUCUCACAUUCAAAACCACGAAGAGGGCUAUCCACAAAGCAUUGUGAUGACAAGGAAUUCAAGUGAAGUGUCAUUGAGUGAAUUGAUGAGGAUUGCAACCGCAAUGCAUAUUGCUUCUUGAAUAAAGGUGCAUCGUUAUGAGAUCUAUAUUGGAAAGUCUUGCAGUUAGGGUAUUCUCCUAUCCAAUGAACUAGUCUGGAUUGUCCUGAUUUCUAUAUUUGUUCGAAUCACUGUUUGUAUUCAUAAUUAUACCUACUAUUAAUUCCCAAAUAUGGCAAAGUGAUUCUGCUUGUUGUACAGCAUAUGAAGUGCACCUAACAGGUAAUGCGUAAGA